AUGAGGUGGCAAUACAAGGACGAACAUUCGUUUGAAAAGCGACUACAAGAAGGGGAGAAGAUAAGGAGAAAAUAUCCAGAUCGCGUUCCUGUCAUCGUGGAGAAGGCUCCGAAGUCACACAUCGCGGACCUUGACAAGAAGAAGUAUCUGGUUCCUUCAGAUUUGACGGUAGGACAGUUCUACUUCCUAAUCAGAAAGCGAAUAUCGUUAAAGCCGGAAGAUGCGUUGUUUUUCUUCGUGAACAACGUGAUCCCGCCAACGUCGGCGACAAUGGGAGCUUUAUAUCAGGAACAUCACGAUGACGAUUUUUUCUUGUACAUCGCCUACAGCGACGAAAGUGUGUACGGGGCUCGCUGA